GUGACGACGACGGCGGGCGCGCUGGCGGGCGCGACGGCGCGCGUGUGCGUGGCGCCGUUGGACGUGAUUAAGAUUCGGUUGCAGGUGCAAGUCGAGCGAGGCGCGAGCGGGAAGUAUCGAGGGCUGGCGGACGCGACGCGGACGAUACUGCGCGAGGAGGGGGGGCGCGCGAUGUGGGCGGGGACGGUGCCGGCGCUGCUGCUGUGGGUGCCGUACACGGCGAUACAGUUCACGGUGUUGAAUAAGUUUAAGGAGGCGGCGAGGGAGCGGGAGCGCGCGAAACCGGGAUCGACGGCGGGACUGCCGGUGAGUUUCAUCGGUGGCGCCGCCGCGGGAUCGGUGGCGACGGUGGCGACGUACCCGUUCGAUGUCAUUCGAACGUUACUGGCGAGUCAGGGUCACCCGAAGGUGUAUAAUAACGUGUUCGACGCCGCGCUCGGCGUCGUUCGCGAACGCGGCGUCGCCAAAGGUUUGUACGCGGGCGUCUCCGUGACGCUCGCCGAGAUCGUUCCCGCGAGCGCGGUGCAGUUCGGCUCGUACGCUGCGUUGAAAUCAAACCUCCCCGAAGUGUUCGGGGAGAACGAUUUCGCGUGCGGGUUCGCCGCGGGCACCAUCGCGCGGCUCGUCAUUCACCCGCUCGACGUCGUCAAGAAACGAUUCCAAGUCGCCGGAUUCUCUCGAAGUUUAGCCUACGGCCAACGCGUCGACGCGGGCGCGUACAAAAGUUUCUUCGCCGCCGUGCGAACGAUCGCGCGCAGCGAGGGCGUGGGUGGGUUUUACAAGGGCUUGAUGCCGAGUCUGAUCAAGUCCGCCCCCGCGAGCGCGAUUACUUUUAGCGUCUUCGAAGCCGCG